CGCAGAAUGAUUCAUGACUGAUCAAACGCGUUCGGUAACGCGUUGUUUUGAUCGCUGGUGUCCUGAAUGACUGAACUCUGCCUCUCGACUGUACAUAUCUCCAGGAUCAUGGCUUCAUCCUCAUGGGCUCCAGAGGCGUUUUCUUGCCCUAUAUGUUUGGAGAUCCUGAGAGACCCCGCGACGCUCCCCUGCGGACACACGUACUGCCUCCUCUGCAUCCAGACGCACUGGGAUCAGGCAGCGGGGAAAGGCUGUGAGUGUCCUCAGUGCAGACAGCGCUUCCACCCCCGGCCCGUCCUGGCCAGGAGCAACGUGCUCAUGGAGGCCAUGGAGAAGCUGAGACUGGGUGGGCAGGACGGCCCGGACUCUGCUCCGUGUCCAGACGUGCCCUCGACCCAGCCCGGACUGUACCCCGCCCUGCCCUCGGGCUCCCCGCAGCUCUGUCCGCUGCACCAGCAGGUGCUGGAGCUGUACUGCUGCCACGAGAAACUGUGCGUCUGCGAGGAGUGUGGCCUUCUGGGACACAAGGGUCAUCAGGUGGUGCGGCCGGACGAAGAGCGACUGAAGAUUCAGCAAGAGCUGACGGAGCUGGAUGCCCGGAUACAGGAGAGCAUUGCAGACAGAGAGAGGGUUAUUCAGAGCCUUCCCCAGGUGUCUGAAGCACACAAGAGCUCACUGCAGAAGCUGAUGAUGGACAGUCAGGCCGUCUUCAUGGACGUGUUGAGGAGCGUGGAUCUCAGCCGCUCUCAGGCGCUCGAGCUGCUUCAGGCUCACGAGAGAUCGUCCUCGAGCCUCAUACAGGCCCGGAGCCAUCAGAUCCAGCAGGAGAUCGUCCUUCUGCGCCGGAGACGAGACGAGCUGAAGACGCUGGACAGCAUUCAGGACCCCAUCGCCUUCCUGAACACAUUCAUGGCGGUGGACUCCUCGGAUCCGACGGGAAGUGUAGCGAUGGAGAUCCUGACUCCAGAGACAGUGACAUCAGGGGUCAGAUCGUGUCUGGACGCUUUCAGAGAGGGGGCGGAAAAUCUCACCAAAACCAGCCUGGCCAGUAUCUUCAGAGUUGUCAAUGAUGCGGCCGCUCUGGCACAAUCAUCCAGUCAGUCAUGUGACGGAGGCGUCAGCUCCAGCCAAUCACAGCCGCCCUCACAGACCCCAGCUUUUCAGGUUACAGAAGUAAAGUCUGACUCCGUGAAACCGGACGUUAAACCCAAAGUCAAAGCGUCGUCUCCUGCAACACAAGAUCAGCACAAGAAACAGGACCGUCCCUCUGCCAACCCUGUGGAGGGAUCAGCGUCCUGUUGUCCGUCUACACCCGCUCCUAAAUCCAGAGAGGAGAUGCUCAAAUUCCGCAUCGAGCCUACACUAGAUCCCAACAGCGCUUUCCGUCAGAUCCGUUUAUCUGACGGAUACCGCAAGGCGACUCUGUGCGCGGAGAACCAGAGUUACCCGGAUCACCCGGAGCGCUUCCUGUACUGGAGGCAGGUGAUGUGCGUGGAGCCGCUGGCCGGGAGCCCGUACUACUGGGAGCUGGAGUGGACGGGACAGAGGGUGACUGUUGGCGUGGCGUAUAAAGACAUGGAGCGCUCUGCGGCCGAGGACAGCUCCAGACUGGGCCACAACACGCGGUCCUGGAGCCUGUACUGGUCCGGCAAGGCUUUCUCCAUGUGGCAUGCUGGGAAAGAAACGGCUCUGGCUGGUCCCAAAGCCCGGCGUAUCGGGGUCUAUCUGGACCAGCAGGCCGGAGUGCUGGCUUUCUAUCGAGUCUCUCACGGUCAGGCGCAGGAGAUCUGCUGUGUUCACACGCUCUUCCACGCUCCGCUCUUCGCCAGCUUCCGCUUCUGGUCCGGAGUCGGCUCCUCCAUCACCAUCUGUGAGCUGUGAGCAGAAACACACGCCUUUAUAGCUUUCUCUGUCUGACUCUCAUCACGUGAAAUAAAAACACAACACUGAUGCAUCA